ACAGCUGCCAGACCAGCUUCAAGUUUCACCAGAGAGGAGGUGUAGAAACAAACAAGCCCAGAACUAACGAGCUGCUCUGUACCAUGAGGUCCUCAUCCCUCCUCCUCCUCCUCCUCCUCACCUUCCUCGUGGGUGUGUGUAAUAUUCAAGGAGCCUCAGAAUCUUUUAGAAUCUGCGCCUUCAACCUCCAAUCCUUUGGGGAUUCCAAGUCCAAGAAGAACGAUGUCAUGCACACCCUCACCAGGAUCAUCGCUCGCUGUGAUGUAUGUUUGCUUCAGGAAGUGAGAGACUCUCAAGCAAAAGCUGUACCAAAGCUGCUCAAAAGCCUUAACAGGUAUGACCCUAAGCACGACUAUGAAGCAGUGGCCAGUGAGAGACUGGGCAGGACUGCCUCGUACCAGGAGCAGUAUGUGUUUGUCUACAGGACUGAUACAGCGACUCUCACUGGUCAGUACCAGUACCCAGAUGAUCGACCAGGAGAUGUGGAUGCUUUCUCCAGAGAGCCUUUUGUUGUCCGCUUCAAAGCCCCAAAGACAGCUAUAAGAGAGUUUGUCCUCAUACCUCAGCACACCACUCCAACCAACGCCACUAGAGAGCUGGAUGCACUCUAUGACGUAUUGGAACAUGUGAAGAAGAUGUGGAAAACUGAGAAUGUGAUGCUUCUCGGAGACUUCAACGCUGACUGCGGCUAUCUCGCUAAGAAGAACAGGAAGAACGUUCGCCUGAUUACCGAGAAGGGCCUCUAUUGGCUAAUUCCAGAAAAAACCGACACCACUGUGAGAUCGAGCACCUCCUGCACCUACGACAGGAUCGUUGUGCAUGGGGAAAGGUUUGCCAGAGCGAUUGUGCCCCUUUCAGCCAGCUCAUUUAACUUCCAGACGGAAUACCGACUCACGGAGGAAAAGGCCCUGGAGGUUAGUGACCAUUACCCAGUGGAGGUCCUGCUGAAGAAUAUAGCAAGAGUCUCCUUUGAUGCUGUCACUUCCAAGUACCUGUUUUUUUUUGCCCUCAGCCACCUUGUCUUCCAAAUGUCGACAUGGUAGUUUAAUAAUACCUAUGUGGACUUUUGUCAUCUCAGUCUGAUGACAACCUCAGGACGGCUUCCUUCACGAACUGAUCUGAAUUUCAUAAUUCCCCAAGGUGGAAAUCCAACAUGCCAAAUAUCACUGAUAACACUCCACGGGUUUGGCUCUCCAUGUUGGGUUCAGGGUCAGGAAAAACAACAGAAAAUGAUCCAUCUGUUGACAUUUACCAUUAUGUAGCUUACCAUUUUGCACUCCAUGUGUUUCUGCGUAGGAGUAUGGUUCUCGAUACGACCUUCAGUGCAAUAAUAAAGCAGCAAACAGCUAUUAUCUAUAUAAAAGAUAUAGUGAAUGUCAUGUCUCCAUGAGCUGAGAUGAAGUCACUCCUACUGUGUGUGUGUGUUUUAGUCUGAGCUUCUUUGUGCUUCCUUAACGUAGCCGGUCCGGUCUGUGGCGUGCAUGUGAAUGUGGGUCAUUUGCCCCACUGGCUACCUAAUCGCCUUUUACAGCUGAUGACGCUGUUCCGACUGCUUUCGUCGGCGUGGAAGCACAGCGCCCAAACGUGCAUCGUUAGCCCUGUUAGCACCGUUAGCUACGAGUAGUUCAUUUACUCCCUCAGUUGUACCCUGUUAUUAAGCUACUCAGAUAGAGUGUGUUUACAACACACAGAUGGAUGAACAUAAACUAUUAUCCGACGCAACACAUGAAGAUUAAAAGUAUUAAAGAAUUAGAGGUGAAAUACUGCCCCCUUUUUGCUCGGAGGCCAGGUAUUUCAUACUGCACCUUUAAGUACAGCACAAAUUGAGGCACUGAAAUAAUUACAUGGAGCACAUGAUUUACUAAUGUGAUGUAAUAAUUUAUCAAAUGAUUUCUCUAUAAUAUGUUGAUGUUGUAUAUAGAAGUCAUGCGCACACAUUAUUUGAGAUUUUGUUUUUGUAAUGUUUAUAUUUAAUACAUUUCAUACACUCUGAUGACUUCCUUUUAAGUCGACAUUUAUGAGAAUAAGGAAGGCAAAUUAUGUCUAAUAACCACAAACCAAACCGUGAUAUGUGUUCUGGCUGUGCGAUCUUCCUCUCUUUCUUCUUCCCUCUUUUUCUCCUCAUUGCAGUUUCUGUUUUAUUUUUAUUGUUUUUUUUAAUAUUCUCUUAUUCUCUUAUAACAAAGAGUUAUUAUUCCUGAAGUUCUGUUUUCUCUUUCUUUCCUAAGUGAUCACUUUAAAUUUAACACGAAAAAACAGCUUACUAUUGUGAAACCAUUUCACAGUGCUCCUGACUACAGAAGGAAUACAUGUCUGUAUGUGAUGCAAUGUCAGAGCCAAACCUAUGUUCUUUGUGAUAAAUAAGGAUUAUAAGAAUAAAGAAAAAUAUGAAGAUGAGCAUACUUAUUUAACUUCAGUCUUUGGCUGUGAUUGCAUUGCAAGUCAGAAAAUCCUCUUAUUUAGUUUCUUUAGUUGUGGAAUGCAGGAAUAUAUUUGUUCUGUUUUUCAAUUUCAAGUCAGAUCAAAUGAAAUUGUCAAGUUCUUACAUGUAAAAUGUAUAAGCCUGAGUUCUUUAAGAUAUAAAUGGUGAAACAACAAUGUGCAUGGUGGGGCUUGUCUGUAUUUGUCCUCAACUGACUUGCAUUUUUGUCUCUUCUGUCUAGUCUGAUUGGACGGUUGCCCAUUUCUACAUGUAAUCCUCUGUGUGUUUUUACCGUUGGUGGAUCUCUGUUUGUGGCUGCUUCUGAAGUUUUCACACAUGGUUGUUGUGUAACCGAAUGACAUUUGCAACCUUUUUCAUUUAGCAGGUCUUAUUUUCCACAUGUUCUUUUACGGACGGCCAGUCACAGUUUUAUUUUGACAUGAUUUACAGUCUGAAACAUUUUAAUUCUCUAUUGUUUCAUUGUUAUGCUGUUGGUGUUGAUGCAUGGCAUAUUUGGCAUAUAUAUAAAUAUAUAUAUAUAUAUAUAUUUUUAAUAAACAAUGAAUACAGGUAUACAAUGAAAUACUCAGUGGACCAGUUGCCCCACAGAGGCAGGUUAGUAACAAUCAACAGAUACAGGAUCAAGUCUUGAGAUCUUAUUAAAAAAGUGAAGUGACCAUGAUAUCAACUGUGUCCCUAGUGCAACAACUACAGUUAUACUAAAGCUGUUGGAAAAAUACUGAAACUGAUCCUCAUACAUUAAUUAAAUGUCCCAUUUAAAAUAGUUAUCUUGUCUUAUAACAAGGUCACCUGUGUUGAACACUUUUAAUAUGAUAAGUGAGUCUCAUGCUCCUUUACCCUUUGACAAGGUUCCAUCCAGAUAUUGUUCAUUUUGCAACAUUCAAACUGUUACAUUCUAAAAUGUUGCUUAUUUUUUUCAUCUGUUCUAUACUUGGAAUCAGUGAAAGAUUUCCAGGAACUAAACAGCUGACUGAAAAAUGUUCCAGAUUGAACAUUCAUCAAACCACUUUAGAACUGUGCAGGCCGGACCUCUAGUGGCUGAAGUCAGUAUAACAUGCUAUCAAAUAACACAACCUCUAAUGUUUGGACUCACUCAGUAAUAUAUUAAUGUUAUUAAUUUAAGCUUUUACUUGAAUUUUUUUAAAUAAUCAGGGUAGAAAAGGCUUCAGAUAUGUUCAGACAUUAUAGUGACACAUGGAUUGUAGAUAAAACCAGGUGGACCCUCCUAAACCUUUGUACCUCUGUCAUAAAGUUA